UUUCACUUUUGUGUCUCAUCUUUUAUCUCCGAAAUUCCUCGAUCGUUCCGUUUCCUUUGGGGUUACGGUACCGAAAUAUUUGUGAGUAAUCGCAACUCUUGAUUGGCUACAAAUUUCCGUCACACUGCGGCAUCAAAAGAGCCCAGAUUUAUUCGGGCUACGGCCCGGUGCGUAUCUCUGGAGAUCCUACGUGUUCGGCGGGCUAUUCUGCGGCGUUCUACGCUACGGUACAGGCGCUUCGUGCGGAGAACAAGCUGGAUGCUGCAUGGUGUCGCUUAUGCUUCUUAUGCUUCUUAUGCCUUAGGCCAAACGGGGCCCAGAUCAAUUUUUGAUUCUUCCGUUUAAUCGUUUAAUGCUCAAUUCGUGCGAUCCUCCUUCUGUCUGCCGUUCGAUUUUUAUUUUUAUUUUCUUUUUUUUUUAUCUAUUCUUUUCAAAUUCAAUUUAACGCAGGGACUUUUCUUUUACCCCCUCCCCCCUCCCCCCCUCUUCCCCUCCUGGAAUUUGAGCCCAUGCCCUAGUAUCGCAUAGCAUAGCAUAGCAGAGCAUAGCAUAGCAUCACAUCAGCACCUCAAAGAUAUCAAAUCGUUAUUCGCUAGCCGGGCAAUAGGUUGGUAGUUGAGUCAAGCACCAUCCAUGUCAAAUUAUACAUCGACAACGAUUCCAUGAACUUUCGAUUCUCGGGCUGAGAUGGCUGAUAAGACGCCCCCGGGGGAUCAUGGUAGUCCUGUCGGCAAGCUCAACAAUGCUAUUUCUGAUUUCGCCGCUUCUUAUGUCAAGAAGGAAUUGCAGCAAUUGACUCGAGAGCGAGAUGAUGAGCUGGCGCGGAGCCACGUGCCUAAGCUAAGGGCUCUUUUAAGAGAGGUCGAUAAAGAGCGACAGGCAUAUGAGCAAGACAAGGAGAAGCUAAUCCUUGGUCUGCGCAAGAAGUUGCAGCUACUCGAAGUCGACCCCGAUACUAUCGAGAGUACCGUCUCGGAACUUAUCCCCGUUACCCCCAAAUAUCUGAGUGUCAUUCCCAGUGCUUCGACGCUGACUAUUCGACCCCCAACACCUUUUAUGUCCCCGUUUCGCGAUAAUUAUUUUAGUACCGUCCUUAGCGCAGAUGUCUUGUCCAGCAUCCCCCCUUUGACGUCGCAAGUCCAAGACGAAGGAACUUCCAAUUCGAUCAAAGAUAAUUCUUCAAGUCCUACUAAUAUUAACGUAUCCCCGAACAUAGGCCCUAAUAUCGACCACCAAAUCCAAAAUCCAACCCAAUCUGAAAACCCCAUGCCGAACAGAGCGCCUAAGCGGGCGAAUGGAGAUGGCGAUAGCACCACCGCAAAUGGGAAACGACGCAGGGUAGAUGGCGGAAAGGCCCUUAGCAGAUCUCAAUCGGAUAUAUUCCGCAAGAUAGCAUUCCCAAAUUUAGAGACAGGGGAACGUAUAUUUCGUCAUUCGGAUCGUCAAGGCUUCUUCGUCAUACGAUGCAACAGGCCUAACUGCCAAACCGGAUUCUUCACGGAUCCGCCUCUAGCAUAUAACAGAGCUCUGAAGCAUUUCCAGAGUCAUGGGGAAACCGGGUUAGAUGGCGAAGAACUGACUAACGAGUAUAUUUUCGAAAACUUCGCAUGUGAAAUUGAAGGUUCCAGCCUGGUUAGCAAGUACUGGAUUAAGGAGCACCUUGGCCCAACACCACAUACCUUCGUCCCCGGAAGGUCGAAAUCCAAGAAUUCUCAAGCAGGAGAGACUCCUAUUGUACGAAGAAGCAAAGAGGACGACAAGAAUUACACGCCAUCUGGUAAAGUCCGAAACUCUUCAAAUACAAAUGAAUCAGACGAUGAAGAAUUAGAGGCGGAGAAACCACGUCGUACGCCCAGGAGUGUUCCUCGUCCAGACUACGCAGAAUUGGUGGCCAAUAAGGAUCCCUGGAAUCUCUCAGACGGCGACAGCGAUAAAGUUGUCCCUCGUUCUAUGAAAGAACCGCAGACACCCGGAAACGGUACUGUUAAGUCUACGAAGUCAGGGAAUAGUAUAUCACCCAGCACGUCAAAAAGAUCAACACCAGGACCAGCAAUGCUAAGAGCGAAGACAUCGGAGCCGAGUAAGUAUGUCGACACUUCUUCCCUUGCAUAAAAACGCCGUCUGACACGACCCAGGCCCUUUGGUUAUACAUCGGAGCAGUGGCCACGACGGUCCGCACCGAGUUAGGAAUCGACAGUAUCAGCCUAGAGGAUCGCACGUCGCGCUCAUCGAUGGCCACCUCUUAAAAAUCAAGUUCGAGACAUUAGCGCCGGAACAUAGGAGGAAAUAAUUGUAAUCUAUGAUCCGAAUACUUACGUCCUUAUGAUACUGCUAUUUGCGAAAUGAGUUACACCCAUGCCGACACGAUCUAACGAUAGAAUGGCUAGUUACCCAUGAUUUAUUUUUCAAGUGCUCUAGAUACGGUUGUAAAAAACUCUAUAUAUACCUAGGAGGUAGGUAUUUACUGGCUACCUCCUAUCUUACUUACCUAGGCAG